AUGUCCACGCCAUCGUGGCUGUUCGGUCAAAACAUCUCCGCGGCGGACUGCAGGCGUUUGACCACCAGCCAUCCUGAUCUUCCGUCAGAUUUUGACACGCUUACAAACUUGUCGAAGAAACGUCCUGUCGAUGUAACAGAGACAACUUCAGCUACGGUCGCAAAGCGACAGAAAACGCACCAGCUCCUAGGAAAGAUGAAAAUCCAGAUAGCCAUGGCCGAAACAACGCAGCCAGACUCUGCCCCACAGUAUUUCGAGCCCGACGACUCUGGUCUUGAUCGUUUUCGUAUCACUUACAUAAUGCGACUGAGAAACGUCUCAAAAAACCAGCCAAAGAAAGCAGGGAAGAAACCGAAGGAGGGACCAUCAUAUAUACCAGGAGCUAUCGGCGCUUAA